GUCACACUGUUUUUGUAAACGUAAAUAAGAAAUUGAUAAGAAAACAAACGAAAAAUGGUUUGCGAGAAGUGCGAGGCAAAGUUGUCUAAAGUUUCUGCCCCCAAUCCCUGGAGAACAAGUACAGCUCCCGCUGGUGGACGUAAGAUCAACGAAAACAAGGCCUUGUCCUCAGCUCGCGAACGAUACAAUCCCAUCGGAACUGCUUUGGCGCCUUGCCGGAUCUGCCGUCAGAAAGUACACCAGAUGGGAGCCCAUUAUUGCCAAGCAUGCGCCUACAAAAAAGCAAUAUGCGCUAUGUGCGGCAAGAAAAUCAUGAACACCAAGAACUACAAGCAGAGCUCAACGUGAUGCGGUUUAUCAAGGAAUUCACUUAAGCCUAACCUAGCCAUAAUUAACAGAAUAAUUAUAUUAUAGUACAACAAAUG